UUGUUGUGACACAGACUAACGUCAAAGUUAAUGUCAAAGUCAAUUUUCAAGUAGUAGAUGCGUAAAUAAGCUAAUUUUGCUGUAAAGAGAAAAAUCAAGAGUGUAAAGUAAAUUUUUAUUCUGAAUCGUUAAUAGUUGAGCGUUAACAUUAUGACUGUGAUAACAAAACCUCUGAGUGAAAAGAAAGGGGAUAAGCUUGAUCAACCGCUCGUAGUUGCAGAAUGUUUGCCCCAUCGAGAUGUGGAGACUGGGCCGGCAGAACCCACUGUAGACCCUCGUGUGUUGGUGUUGCGCGCUCGCGCACGCCGUGCGUCCUCCGUCACCACUGCGUGUCUGUUCAUGAUGGCGUUGCUCGUCUUGUGCUGCGGCAUCCUCGGUGGCCUCUACAUCUACAAGCAGUUCGUUUUCUCCCAGAUGCAUCGCCUGAGAGGCAGGUGCCGCAUCCCGUACGUAGACAUGGAGAAGUUUGAUGAGGACCCUUACUUCUCAGACAGCACCAAGAUGAACCUGGAGAUGCCACGACCUAAAGCUACCAAGAGUCGCUUCUUGAAUGAGGAGUUUGACAUUGAUGGAGAAGCCAGCAGCUAUGAGAAGAUCACAGUCCCGAACUUUGAAGGUGGACGCAGCAGUCGAUUUGUCCAUGACUUCAAUAUGAACAAAACUGGUAUCAUUGAUGUGGAAGCUCGCCGUUGUUUCGUUAUGACUCUGAAUCGCACCCAGGUUCUGCCCCCUCAAGAUCUCAUUGAUCUCAUCCGCAAGAUGUGGGAUGGUUACUACGAGGUGGACAUAGACAUGGUGCGGGAGACUAUGAGAGUGGUAUUGCCACCUAUCAAGGACCCGAGAUCUGUUGGACUGAUGAUAAUGAGGGAGUGUGGAAACUACCCCAUCUACAAGAUGGAGAAGAUUGUGUCUGGAGUGUUCAAGAGGAGUGUUUCGCCAGACCCCACCACUUUCAUGUCCUACGCUGGGAAACAGUUUGUGCAACUCAAGAUCGCCAAUGAAGAGGAGUUGAAUGCCUGGGAGGCAGCUCACCCUCGCUCGUAGAUUCACAAUUAAUCAUUUUAUGUAAAUUCAUGUUAACAUACAAUUUUAAAUUUUAACCACCUGCUCGUGCAUUUCAUAUUUUUAGGCAACUUUAUACACGAUUACCACCAACUACUUAAUGUUGUUGAUAUAAUUACUAUUAAAUUAUAUUUGUAUUUAAAGCUUUAUUAGUUAUUUUAUAAUUUUUUAUUAUUAGCUGGUUAGUUGGUAUGUUGUUGGUUAGGUAAAUAGGUACUAUUGAUGUUGUGUCAAAUGAAAGCGUAUUUGUAUUGCAAUAAAGAUUAAUAAAUAAGUUAUUUAAUCGUGAA